UUUUCUUUAGAGAUUAAUGAUAUUAUUGCCAUAACGUUAUUGUUCGUCUGUGACAAAAUUCGACUCCAAUGUCUAUUAGUAGGUCACUGGGUCAGUGGUCUACAAACGCUUAGUAUUUAGAGAAGUAGAGUUGUAAUAAUAUGUGUUUACAUUGGUUGUGUUUUUGUGUGUACAAGAAAGACUGGAGCGGAGAAUAUUCACCCAUUGGCACCAAUUCCAGAUUUUGGAGCAGCAUCAUGACCAACAAAUCAAAUUCCCUAGUUGAAUACGGUUCUUGCGGAUAUUGUCCUACACCACUGUCAGCUACUAACCGGAAUGUUGAAAACACCACAGCCAUGGUGUCGCAGGCAGAAAUAUGGCAGGAAGACAAAAAAUUUACAGUAUAUAAAGUUGUGAUUUGGUCACAGAAUGAUUGUUGGCAUGUUUUUCGUCGUUAUAAUGAAUUUUACAAACUAAGCGAAGUGCUGAAAAAACAAGUUCCAAACUUUAAUUUAAAAAUACCAGGAAAAAAGUUGUUUUGUAAUAAUUUGGACCCUUCAUUUAUUGCAACCCGUCGACAAGGGCUCGAUCAAUUUGUUCAUCACUUAAUGCAUCAAACCAAUUUACUUAACAUUACUGAAGUCCGUAAGUUUUUUAACUUGGACACUAAAAUAAAGGAACCAGAUAGACCAAAUCUUUUCAAGUGUAUGGGUACCAUCAAUUUGGGACCAUCAGAAAGGACAUCCGCAAAUCCAUCAGAUUUUGUAUUCCUUCGCAUCAUUGGUAAAGGUAGCUUUGGUAAAGUAUAUCUAGCUGAACACAAAAGUGAAUCUACUCAUUACGCUGUCAAAGUAUUGGAUAAAAAACAUAUUCUUGCCCGCAAUGAAGUAAAGCACAUAAUGUGUGAACGAAAUGUGCUCUUGAAAAAUAUAAAUCAUCCAUUCCUUGUUGGCUUGCAUUAUAGCUUUCAAACAAAAGAUAAACUUUAUUUUGUUUUAGAUUUUAUAAAUGGUGGAGAGUUAUUCUAUCAUUUACAAAAAGAAGUUAGAUUUUCGGAAUCAAGAGCUAAAUUUUAUGCUGCCGAAAUAGCAUCUGCCCUUGGGUAUCUCCAUUCAAAUGGUGUCAUAUACAGAGAUCUCAAACCAGAAAACCUUUUGCUUGACCAAGAAGGCCAUUUGGUACUUACUGAUUUUGGAUUUUGUAAAGAAGGACUAAUUGGUACUGAAACUACCAACACGUUUUGUGGCACUCCUGAGUAUUUGGCUCCAGAAAUUAUCAAGAAAGAAGCUUAUGGGAGAUCGGUAGACUGGUGGUGUCUUGGUGCAGUGUUGUACGAGAUGUUAUUUGGUCUGCCACCAUUCUAUAGUUUAAACGUGCAAGAGAUGUAUAACUUAGUUCUCUACAGUAGAUUGAAAGUUAAAGGACCUGUGUCAUCGCAGUGCAAGCAUUUAUUGCACAAGUUGUUGGAGAAACAAAGUAAUAAAAGACUUGGUAGUAGUGUUCAAGAUUUUAGUGAGGUAAAAAAACAUCCAUUUUUCAAAACAAUAAACUGGGACGAUUUAUUAAAUAAACGUAUUACUCCACCAUUUCAACCACAACUAAAUGGAAAAUGUGACCUGCAGUACAUUGAUUCUCAGUUUACCAAAGAAUCUGUCAGUUCAUCAAUGUUGUCUUUCCGUGCAGAAACUAUCGAAUCUAGUGUACAAGAUAUAGAUAAUGCGUUUGCCGGUUUCUCGUAUACACCUCCUUCUAGUUUAGAAUAAAAGUAAUUAAAUGAUAUAUUAUGUACCUAUAACUGGUGUUCCUAUUGAAAGCGAAGUAUUUUUUAUUCUUAUUUUUCUUUUAAACUGUUUUUUUCUUUUUAAUGCUUAUUAUUAUUUAUAUUCUAGUACAAUUAUAGCUGUGAUCUUGAUGCUAUAUAAGAAUAUCAUUUUUAAUUAAAACUUAUGAGGCAAUAGACAAAAGUACUUAUCAUUCCGAUUUUACCUACUGUGUUCAUGUGCAAUGGUUUUUGCAAUUUCUUAUAAGCUAGGGUUGACAUUUUUUAGGUCAACAUUAUUCACUGCCAAUUUUUAAGAACUACUCGGUACACCAAUUCUGAAAACUAAACUAAGUUUGAUUUAUUGGCAGUUUACUUAGUGUGUCUAACAAGAAUAAAGACUUGAGUUUUAAUGUUGGCUAAAAGCCAUACUGAAAGUUACUAAUUCAUUUUUAUCUCUGACCAUCAUGUUUUAUGUAUUUUCAAAUAAUAUAAGCAAUUUUAUAUACUCUGUUGCUUAGCUGUACUAUUUUAUUCUUAUACUAUUUAUAAUAUAUGUAAGGGUAUAUAUAUAGAAUAUAUUUAAUUUGUCUGUUGCCUCUUACACAUCACUGAGGUAGGUAGUACCUAGUGAAUUACUAAUAUUAAUGUUACUUAUAUCUUAAUAGUUAAAGUAUAUUACUAUUAUAUUGAAUUAUAUUGACAAUGAGUAUAUUAUAUUUAUGUAUAAUAUUAUUAACUAUAUGUAAUUUACACUGCCGUAUUCUAUUAUAUGUAUACUUGUUUCUAUGUGCUGACACUAUUACUUGUGUAUUAUUGAUACUAUGAAUUAUUGUUAUAAGAUUAAUGCUUAGCCAAAAUGAAAUAAAACUGUCUUUGUGCCAUGUAUGACAACUUAACUAGACAAAUAAUGAUAUUAAUUGUCAAAUUAUAUAUAGUUUAGAUCAAACAUCAACACUUAAUCAAUUCAUGGCUUUACCUACUGUGGUGUGAUAACUUGUUGUAAUUAAUGUAUGUUUAUCCUA